AUGUCAGGUCUACAACUUACUUCACUUCCCUCGACAUCACCCUCAAUGUUUAAAACUAGUUUACCUUCAUUCGACGAUCUACUGAAAUCGCUAGAAGAACCAUCAAUCAGUCUCCCACACGUGUUACAACAUCAUUCACCACAUUACCAUCCUCACCACUAUCAACAUCAUUAUCACCAUGUCCAGCCUUACCCUUCUCCCCACCAUCAUCCUCGUCAUAUAAGUAGGCCACCAUCCACACCACCCACACCGAGACCAUCUUCGUCCGACGAUAACUCAUAUUCUCACCCUAAGUAUGACUCGAAAGGCCAUGGAAGACCUAGAUCAUCCAGUGUACCUAGUACCUCCCGAACACAUCUACAAUCACCUUUCAGGGACUUACACAUACUUUCACAACCUUCUAUAGCUCAUAUUGAUCAUCACACCAAUAGGGUACAAUGCUUGAAAGAAGGAGAUGGUGAAUGGGCGCCCUAUUCCUUGAACGCGGUAACACCUUCAUCUUUACCAUAUCAUGCGAGACCUCAUUUCCACCCUCGAUUUUCAACAGGCGACACAUCGGACGACCAGCCUCUCCCAUUCUCCCUUAAGUACAAGCGAGCCUCUGACUCCGAGCUCAAUGACGGGAUCGAUCUCGAACACGUACGGAAAUAUCAAUGUACAGGACAACGACAACAACGAUAUGAUCAGAACAUCAACUCCAACCCCAGCACUGGAUCCCAAUCCAGUGAAAGAAUUUGGCAUUUCAUCGGGGAGAAGGGAUGUCAUCUCCAACUUCACCAGCAACAAAGAUCUGCUUUAACUUACGCCAGAAGAAGUGAAAGAGGCUCUUUAGUUGCGGAAGACUUCUUGAUGCACAUCAUGGUGCUAGGCGAUAAAAGAGCCUCGAGCAUGAUGUAG